CAGGGCCAUGUUCUGCAAUGACCUGAAGGAAAAGCAUGAGAAGAGGAUCAUUAUCAAAGGUGUGGACGCUGAGACCAUGCAUACUCUCCUGGACUACACGUACACCAGCAAGGCGCUCAUCACCAAGCAGAACGUCCAGCGGGUCCUGGAAGCCGCCAACCUCUUCCAGUUCCUGAGGAUGGUGGAUGCCUGUGCCAGCUUCCUCACAGAAGCCUUGAACCCAGAAAACUGUGUAGGAAUCCUGAGGCUUGCAGACACACACUCCUUGGACAGCCUGAAGAAGCAAGUUCAGAGUUACAUCAUUCAAAACUUCGUGCAGAUUCUGAAUUCUGAGGAGUUCCUUGAGCUUCCCGUGGACACUCUGUACCACAUCUUGAAGAGUGAUGACUUGUAUGUGACGGAGGAGGCUCAGGUGUUUGAGACGGUGAUGAGCUGGGUCCGGCAUAAGCAGUCAGAUCGACUCUGCCUGCUCCCCUGUGUCCUCGAGAACGUGCGCUUACCACUUCUGGACCCGUGGUACUUUGUGGAGAUGGUGGAAGCAGAUCCCCUCAUUAGGCAGUGCCCAGAGGUCUUCCCGCUGCUUCAGGAAGCCAGGAUGUACCACCUUUCAGGCAAUGAGGUGAGUUGGAGGCGAGAGGUGCUAUAUUUAACUUGAGAGGUAAGGGGUUAGCCAGCGGGGCUCAGAGAGGCAGAAAAAGCUGGCUCACAAGUCCUUAGGACAUUGAGUAGAAGAUGCUACACUUUUCAUACUUUGAUCAAGAGUUCUAGAAGAUGCCUGACCUGUAAAAUGCGGGACACUACACUCCCAGACAGCUACUGAGAGAUUAGGGGAGGUUAUGGAAAGUAUCCAGCACUGUGCUGGCACAUCCUUCCUCUUCACAGCUGUGCACACACAAACCAGACUGUGUCCUGUGCGGUCAUCAUUCCCUGGGGGAGCACUGCUGUCCUAGUUGUCUUCUGCGGUGAAAUUUUGUAUCUCUCGAUCUCCUCUGACAUUAUCUUGAUUCAAACAUCAUUUCCUUCCUGAAUUUCUGGAAAUUCUCUAGAACCCAUCUCCCUAUUCCCAGUCUGGCCUCCCUCUAGUUCAUUCCCACCAGCGGGAUGGUGUAAAACUCAAAUGUGAGCAUCUCGACUUACCUUCUUCACUGGCUUCCUGUUGCUUUGAUACUUCCUGCCAAAGCUCUCAGAGCCUAGCAUUUAUGGUUUACCUACUGCCCACUUUCUGGCAUCAUCUCCCACCUCCCUCUUCUACCGUAGUUCUGAAGCACUGCUUGUAUUCCCCAAAGUGGGCUGCUUUUCUAGCCUCUAGGAUGGUGCAGAUACUGGUUACUGCCUCCUUCUCCUUCCUCUAGCUGACUUCCACUUUUGCUCCAAAAUCCGGUUCAAGCAUCACCUUCUCCAGAGACCUCUCUGUUUUUAUAGCCCUUCGAUCAACUGCAACAUGGUAGCCAUUGAAUUCAUUAUUGCAACUGUCUCUAGACUGGGAGCUUGUGACAGUAGGCAAUAUGGCUUACUGGACUUUUCAUCUCUAGAUCUUGGGAGAGAGUCCUUGGUAUAUCUUGAGUAAUGGUAAAUGUUUAUUGAAUGAUUAAAUGGUACCAG